AUAUAUAUAUUGAUUACUACAUUAAAUAUUAACAUGAAUGAAUGAAUGAACGAUCUAAAAAAAAUAUUAAACUCUGUAAAAGUGAAACAAGGAAUGUGGUGUAUAAUUGUGUGAAAUGUAUGAUGAAAAUCAAGCAAUUUCGCCAAGCAAAUAUAAAGAAAUAGGUUGCAGCAGUUUUUAUUUCGACUGAACUUGAGAAAUCCGCGAUGGGACUGAGCGCGAAUAGCUUCAGCGAUUCCUUAUAGUACAAAAUCGCUGUCAGUCAAAAGGAGAUGCAAUCUUUCGACAGACCCUCCAAUCAUCACGCAGAAGCUCGGCGUCCAGGCCAGCCCACUCCUCAUUUGCUCCUCAUUCACCCCCAGAGACGCUGAGCGUCCGUGGGCGGGACAUAAUCGCAGCGUUUAUCCAAUGACCGUCUAGUUUCAAAGCACUGAAAAAAAAGGUUCAAAGCAGCCGCAUUGAAGUCAAUGGACGCUGGGCUUCAACGGGGAAAUGCACUGUGACGCUACGGGAAUGUAUGAGAAGUUAGAUAGUUAGAUAUAGCAAGUCAGCCGACCUGCUAUAUCUAACUGAUUCUGAACGAACUCGUCUUUGAGAUGAACGUUUUCUAACGCAUUUUUAGUCAAUAAAAUGUUAAUACAAUAGUACAUAAUUUGACCAUUAAUUUUGUGACAUUAUAGGGGAAGCUGAGCUUCCCUUGCAGUCUUAAAGAAAUCGCCACUGGUCUCAAGUCAAGUUACAGCCAUCUUCCCUGAGCCACUGCACAAGAUGGCUGCCACGCCAGAGCCACUGCACAAGAUGGCCGCCGUCUCCAAGCCACUCCACAAGAUGGCCGCCGUCUCCAAGCCACUCAACCAUAUGGUUGCCAUUCCAGAACCUGUGGUCAGCACCCGGACGCCACCUGUGGUCAUGAUGGCCCACGUGCUGGACACACCCCUAAUGACAGUAUGGGCAGCUAAAGUGGUGCUCCUUCAUGUCGCGGCGGCUACCCCUGAGUCAAGUCAAGACACAGCUGCCGUUCCCCACGAGUCAAGCCAAGUCACAGUUGUUCCCCACGAGUCAAGUCACGCUACAGCUGUUGUUCCUGAGCCAAGCCAUGUUGUUCACGAGUCAAGUCCCGGUACAGCGGAUCUCCAUGAGCCAAGCCAGGUUAUAGCAGUUCCUCAUGAGCCAAGUCAAGCUGCUGCUGUUAUUCCAGAGCCAAGUCAAGCUUCAGCCGCUGCUCCAGAGUCAAGUCAGGCUACAGCUGUAACUUCCAAGUCCAGUCAGGCCUCCAAGUCCAGUCAAGCUCCCAAGUCCAGUCAAGCUCUCAAGUCCAGCAACGUCAAGCCAGCGCCCGCUAACGUCACGUCUGUCAAGCCAGCGCCCGCUAACGCCACGUCUGUCAAGCCACAGCCCGCUCAGGACAUCUCCGUCAGGUCACACUCUGUUUACGUCAUGUCUUCUGCUCCUGAGUCUGCACCCAUCAUGGCCGCCCUUCCUGAGUCGGUCGUUCCUGAGUCAAGCAAUGUCACAGCCGUGGUUCCUGAGUCAAGUAAAGUCAUUGAUCUUCACAAGCCAGUUCAAGUCACCGCUGGUCUUCACGUGUCAGAUCAAGUCACUGCUGAUCUCCAUGAGCCAAGUCAAGUCACCGUUGAGCUCCAUGAGUCAAAUCAGGUCACUACUGAUCCUCACGAAUCAGGUCAAGUCACAGCCGAUCUCCACGAACCAGGUCAAGCCACAACUGAUCUUCACGAGCCAGGUCAAGUUAUUGCUGACGGCCCAGAGUCCAGCCACGUCCUGCCUGACGGCCCAGAGUCCAACCACGUCCCGCCUGACGGCCCAGAGUCUAGCCACAUCCCGCCUGACCGCCCAGAGCCCCGUCACGUCUCGUCUAUUGGUCCAGAACCUCACCACGUCUCGUCUGACCGCCCAGAGUCAAGUAACGUCUCGUCUGACCGCCCAGAGUCAAGUCACAUUAUGUCUGCCAGUGUGAUGGCGAUCACCAUUCUCAGUAUGUGGGCUGCACACUGUGCCCCUGAGGUCACGUCUGUUCACAAAUCAACCCCUGAGGCUACGUCUGUUCACCAGUCUGCUCCAGAGCUCCCGUCUGAUCUCAAGCCUGCUGCAGAGCUCUCGUCUGGUCUCCAGCCUGCUCCAGAGCUCCCCUCUGAUCACAAGCCUGCUUCAGAGGUCCCGUCUGGUCUCAAGUCUGCUCCAGAGGCCUUCCCCAUCGGAGAAGCUGCGCCAAUGCCUCCAGAGGUGUUGGCGCCCGCCGUAGAACCUCUUAUGGAGGGGGCGUUAACCGCUAAACUCUCUGCUUCUCCCUUUUUCCUGUCUGCAUCCUCUGUCACUGUUCUCCCCAGGUCCCAGUCCAUGACGCAGCCUCCUGUUCCGCCCCGGAGGGCUGCUGCGCCUCCUGUUCUGCCCCCGAGGGCGGCGGCGCCUCCUGUUCCGCCCCGGAGGGGGGCGGCGCCUCCUGUUCCGCCCCGGAGGGCUGCGGCACCUCCUGCUCCGCCCCGGAGGGCUGCGGUACCUCCUGCUCCCCCUCCUGUUCCGCCCCGGAGGGCUGCUGCGCCUUCUCCCCCUACUCUGUCUGCCUCCUCUGUCCCUGCUUUCCCCAGGUCCCAGACCGUGACGCAGAUUCCUGUUUCGCCCUGGAGGGCUGCUCCGCCUCCUGCUCUGCCUCCUGUUCCGCCCUGGAGGACCGCCCCGCCUCCUGUCCCGCCUCGGAGGGCUCUGGCGUCGCCUGUCCCACCUCCGCCCUGGAGGGCUCCAGUUGUGCCAGAGAACGAUAUUGGCAGUACAGGCUCAGGAUGGCGAAGAACAUGUUUGACAUCAGAGUACUCGGGUACUAUGGUCCUUUGGUAAUGACAAUAUUGUUUAGGUUUUGCUUUUGAUAGUGAAGCAGUAUUGAAGCACAUCACCAUCAGAUAUUUGUAGCAAGUGUUUCAUACACAGGACACUCAGGAAACAAAUUAACUUAAAGUAAUAAAGAAGUCACUACUGAAUUGUUUCCUUUCUUUUUAUCAGUGUCUUUUUUAUACCAGAUUAUAGGGAGUUGUCAAUGAGUAUUGAUUAAUUAUUGAUCAUUUGUCAAUCGUUAACUAUACCCAUCAGUAAUGAGAAACUUUUCAGUAAAAUUAAAACAAUUCAGUAAAAUUUACAUGAUUUAUGUAUUGAUGUUCAAUUAUCUGUGCUCAUGACUUGGUAACACUUUGCAUGGUUAAAGAAUAGGUGUAAUGUUCAAAAUGUAUUGGCUUAGUGUUUGUAGAAAUAACACUGAAUAAAUGCUGAUUAAUAAAUGAA